AAUGAAUAUAAUGCUUGUAAUCACUAUAAUACAAUUGCAGAAAAAAGUACAGUUAAUGAAACUUUGUACCUUACAAUUAAAUUGCGUGCGCAGGUAUCUAUGUAGAUAUCGUGGAGAGACCGAUAGACAUAACCUUGUUGAUUUGUAACCAACUCUACAUAGCAUAUGAUAUACUUAUCUUACAGAAAUUUUUGCUUGAUCGUACUUAAAAGUCGAAAAGUAAUUAAAAACAAGGGAAAAUGACAACAGAGAAAGUUGAAAUUGAUACAUCAACGUUAAAUGGGAAGACAGAUGAAGAGGAUAUUGUAACACCUUGGGAUGUUGCAACUAAAAAUGAAACUGGAAUUGAUUAUGAUAAACUUAUUAAAAGAUUUGGAAGUUCCAAAAUCGAUGGGGAACUAUUGACCAGAUUUGAGAAAAUUACAGGACAAAAACCACACCAUUUUCUUAGAAGAGGAAUAUUCUUUUCUCACCGAGAUAUGAAUACUAUUUUAAAUUUUUAUGAAAAAGGAAAACCUUUUUAUCUUUAUACUGGUAGAGGACCUAGUUCAGAUUCUUUGCACUUAGGACAUCUUGUUCCAUUUAUAUUUUGUAAGUGGCUUCAAGAAGUGUUUCAUGUUCCAUUAAUCAUACAACUGUCUGAUGAUGAAAAAGCAAUAUGGAAAAACUUAAAAAUAGAAGAUGCAAUUAAAUUGUCCUAUAAUAAUGCUAAAGACAUUAUUGCUCUUGGAUUUAAACCAGAAAAUACAUUUAUCUUUUCUAAUUUAGAACAUGUUGGAAAUAAUCCUGCAUUUUAUCAGAAUAUAAUUAGAAUACAAAAAAGUGUUACAUUUAAUCAAGUAAAAGGUAUUUUUGGAUUUGGAGACAGUGAUCCUAUUGGAAAAAUCUCAUUCCCAGCAGUUCAAGCUGCUCCAGCAAUUUCUGGAACUUUUCCUUUUAUUUUUAAGGAUGCAAAAGUUCAUUGUUUAAUACCAUGUGCUAUAGAUCAAGAUCCCUACUUCAGAAUGAUGAGAGAUGUUGCACCAAGAAUUGGCUAUCCAAAACCAGCUCUCUUACAUUCUAUAUUCUUCCCUGCUUUACAAGGCUCUAAAACAAAAAUGUCAUCUAGUGAUGAUAAAACUGCAAUAUUUAUGACAGAUACUGCUAAGCAAAUAAAAAAUAAAAUUAACAAACAUGCAUUCUCAGGAGGACAAGCUACUAUUGAAGAACAUAGACAAUUAGGAGGUAAUUGUGAUAUUGAUAUAUCAUAUCAAUGGUUACGAUUUUUCCUAGAGGAUGAUGAAAAAUUGGAACAACUUAGGAAAGGUUAUACUAGUGGAGAAAUUUUAACAGGAGAACUUAAAAAAGAAUUAAUUGAAGUAUUACAGCCUUUGGUACUUGCACAUCAAGAAGCUAAGAAUAAGUUAACAGAUGAAAUAGUCAAACAGUACAUGAUUCCUAGGAAUCUUGGUUUUGUAACAAAUGUAAAAUAGUUAGAAAUAUAUAUAAAUUUCUUAUAUAUAAUAGAUACAUAGGAAUACACUUUCAUCAGUUUAUUUAACUUUAUUUAUUCUAGGAGCACAAAUAAUUGUUUUUUUU